AUGAGUUUUCUGUCUUCGGCAUCGGGCGAUGAAUGGGAAGGGAAUAAACCAGACGUAAAAGAAGUAUCAGAAUCAACACUCAGACAAUUUAGAGAAAAAUUCGAAAAUGUGCAGAAUGAGAACAAUUUAUUAAAACAAAAUCUUGAAAAUCAAAUAAAAAAAUAUAAUGAAACAAAGGAAGAGAAGAAACUAUUGCUUGCAGAACUUAAAAGAGUUGCUAAAGAAUACGAAAAUGCCAUAGCAAAAGCAGAAAAUAUCGAAAAAUUAAUCAAUGCCGAACCACCAAAGAAAGAAGCACCAGUAGCAGCAGAUAAAGAGAUUAGAGUUCAAAUGUCGCAAAUUAAAGCUCUUGAAAAAGAAAUAAAUUUCAAACAAACGAAAAUCAAAGAAGUCCGUGAGUUACUGGACAACAGUCAAGAACGUUGGAAGUCAGAGAACACAAGACUCCAACAAGAAUAUGAAUCUUUGAUGAAACAGAACGAUUUAAUUAAAUCUCAAAUCGAACUAUUUACGACAGAGUUUACGGAGUAG